UGUUAAAAUAGUUAUAUACACACAUUGGUGUGAAUAAUGAUUUGGAGUUUAGUUGUUUUAAACUAUUUUUGAUUAUUGUUGAUUAUAGAAGUGAGAGGCGCCAAAAGAAACGUUUCGCGGAUGUUUAUUCAUGAUACGUCAUUGACCUUGCGAAAUAAUUGCAGGGUUAUCUGGUUAUCACAAGUGGCAAUAUAUCAUGCACUAAAUGAUGGAAUUUAAUUACUCGAUCGAAGAAAGAUGAAUUGUUUUUAUUGCGACGAGUGACUUAAUGGCUGAAAUGCGUUACACAUCUAUGUCCCGUGAUCUUUCAAAUGAUUCUGUUUCCACUGUACGAAUUGCAGAAUAUGGAAAUUUGGAUAAAUACUUCGCUAAUGAGACAAAUUCUUUAAAUGGUCCAUUAUUGCCGAAUAAUGUCAAUAAUAUCGAUAGAGUUUUUAAGGAGCGUAAAGAUCAUCGAGACAAAUUUAAGGCUUACAGAAAAUACUCAGAGUUAACGCCUCUUACUGCUCAAAAUGGCUACGAUAAUUUUGGAAAUUCGGUGAGUUGCAAGUCAAAUUCGUUACCAGGAAGAUGUAACAGUAAUUCAGCCUCGAUUAAAAAUUUAGUCGCCCUAAAUGUUCAACCAGAAGACUUGGCCUCUCAAUUAACUCUAUUAGAUCUAAGUAUUUUUAAAUCCAUUAGGCCAGAAGAAUUGUCGAGUUGCUCUUGGAAUAAAAAGAAUAAAUUAAUUGUCGCUCCAAAUGUCGUCUCAUUUACAAGAAGAUUUAAUCAUGUGAGCUUUUGGACUGUUCAAGAAAUAUUAAAUGCACCAACGGCAAAGCAAAGAGCUGAGAUAUUAGCUCACUUUAUUCGAGUUGCGAAACGGCUUUAUGAGUUAAAUAAUCUGCAUUCCUUAUUUGCGAUAACAUCUGCUUUACAAAGUGCUUCAAUAUACAGAUUAAACAAAACCUGGGCGUGCAUUUCAAAGAAAGAUAAAGCGACCUUUGAAAAAUUGGCCGAAGUAUUUAGUGACAAAAAUAAUUGGAUGAAUUUACGAGUUCAUAUGGAUUCAAUAAAAUUGCCAUGUAUUCCAUAUUUGGGUUUAUUUCUCACUGAUCUUGUUUAUAUCGACAUGGCUCAUCCAACUUUGAGGAGUGGAGAUAAUUGUCAAAGAAUAUUAAAGUUCGAUGCAGUUUUAACUCGAGUCGCUAUAUUUCAAGCUAGUGAAUAUCCAGGGAUAAUUCCCCUUCCCGACGUUCAACAGUAUGUGAAUAGUGUCCGUUAUAUUGAGGAACUACAGAAAUUCUUAGAAGACGAUCAUUUUAAAUUAUCAAUGAAGCUCGAACCAAAUUCUCCAGUUCCAUCAUCAAGUAGCAGUAAGGAAUCCGUGGGAGAUGUAACAGGAGUCGCAGCUCUUUCUUUAUCACCAGCAAGAGGAUGCGCUGGAUCACUUCGAUUGCAUGCCGCUUCUGCCGCGACAAAAUUUGUACCUGGUCAUCGAAAAUGUAGAAGUCUCGGCACAAAUAUUUUUGGAAAGCCAACUGCUCUGCCCUUGGAUCCAAGUCAGUUGACUGUUCGACAUCUACUCGAUGAUUCGGUCUUGGAGGAACCACAUUUAUUAACGCAAAUUCUUGAUUUGGAUCAAAAUUCACCUGGAUCACCCACAGACGCUGUUAAUGAAGAUUGCAGCUUGCUCUCGAGAACUAGCACCCUUACAGUAUUACCGUGUGAAUUAGAUGGAUUCGUGGAACCUUGUUGUUCAAUGCAAGGCCUGUUGAGGAGAAAAGUCAUUUUACGGGACGGCAGAAAGCCAGCAGUUUCCACGUGGCAAAGAUAUUGGGUUCAAUUGUGGGCAUCGACAAUUGUUUAUUUCUCCUCAAAAUGUUUCAAAGGAAACGACAGAUCUGAUUUCAAGAGAGAACCCUAUAAAAUGGUUUCAAUUUUUGGAUGGAUUGUGGAACCGUCAAAUAACAGUGUUCAUCCAGAUACAUUUUUAUUGACAGAUCCAUUGAAAGGCAACGUUUAUAAAUUUCGGGCCUCGUCGAGGGAACUCGCCGAUCAGUGGCUGAAGGAAUUGCGGGCAACUGUUCGCGGUGCAACAGAAAAAAAGCCAAUACCAGUGAAUCUCAUGUCGUUCGAGUAAGUUUUUAACAAAAAAGGAAAAAAAAAUAAAAAAAAAUUUAUUUAAGGAAUUAUAUAUCCAUAAAAAUUUGCAAGUGAAUUACUCAAUAAUAAUUCAUGUCACUGUUAUAACUUCUGUCUUCCACGUAUCAACUUCAAAAUCCAAAUUCUCGACGCAUUCGACGAUGCGUCUUAAACGAAGAAUGAUGCAUAUCAAAGAUAUAUACUUGCAAAGUUACCCUUUUUUUCUCAUUUUUUUCUUUUCAUUUUUCACUCUUCAUCCUACGAAUCUUAAGGCAAUAAUCUUCAUCUAGAAAUUUUUAAAUGGCUCUCUAGAAUUUUCAUAUUUGAAAAUUUUUCUACUACUUAGAAAACACAUUUUACAAGUAUAAUUAUAUCUGAUUAUAUAUAAAAAAAAUAAUACACAUUUAAGUCAACUACUUUUUUUAUCUCAGUCAGAUUUCACUUUAUUUUCUCGGAAUCA